AUGCUACAAAUCGAGCUCUCCAUCGCGCCGGAUGCCCAGGCGGCGCUGGAGGAAUCGGGCAAGCACAACACUACCACGGUGGCUGUGCUCAUCACCAUUGAAAAGGAAGUGCUUCACUUGCUGGCGCCGCCAGUGUCCUUCAGCGGCGACGGGUUUGAGCAUGAUCUGACGACGACCCGUACAUUCCUGGAUGCGAAGAGCGUGUCAGCAGCGUACAUUGUGGUGCGCAGCGCACCGAGUACGCAACAUGUUGUCAUGUAUGUGAGUGACUCAGCAGCUGCUAAGAAUCGUAUGCUCUACUCCACUGGAUUACGGAGUGUGGUGGAGGCGACGCCUCAUGCGCAGAAGCAGACGAUUCAAAUCUCCUCCGUUAACGAGCUACUUCCGUCGCUGUUCGAGGCGGAGCCCAUGAACGUGCGGGAGGACUUGAUGACGGAGAGUGAGCGGCAUCGUGCCGCGAUUGCGCGAAUGGUGGUGGCACCCCAGCCAGUGGCUCUCCCCGGCGUGGCCAUCAAGAUGACUCCGGAGGCGAGCGAUAUGCUAUCACAGUUUGCUGGCGGCGCGGUGGACGUGGCCACGUUCAAGAUUGAAGCGGAGCAGCUUAAGCUGGACCAAGUGGUGAAGCAGCUGGGCGGGGACUUUAAUCAGGUGAAGUCCAUACUGACGGACACGGACCCCCGCUUCGUGCUCCUGCGCUACCCCUCGCCUAAGACGCAGCGCGCCGAAGCCGUCAUGGUGUACGUGUGCCCGCCUACUUGUAGUCCCAAAAUCAAAAUUCAGUACGCCUCGUCGGUCGCUGCCUUCCGUGAGCAGGCCUCGCACCACAAGAUCAAGUUUGCGCACAAGGUAGAGACCGACACCCCGUCGACGCUUGUGGAGGACGUGCACAGCGCCUUCGAGCCGUUCCCGUCUGGUGCCGCACGUGAGGCUCAAGGUGAAGCGCCGUCAUGUUCUUCGGUCUCGUCGGCACCGAAGGGCCACCGUAUGCUCAUUUGA